AUGGCCCCAGCGAUCAUUCUCCCACAUCACACUUCGAUCCAUCCCAACCCUGGCUCUCCUGAUGCCCAUGGGGGUCCUUUGCACAAAGCCGCUCUGAGCACCUUCGAUAUCGCCAACGCCCGAGGUCUCUUGAAGGGCGCCCACGAAGGCCACAUGCUGGGCACUUCGUUCUUUGAUCAAACGGACUGGACCUACACCAUUCCCGGUACUGCUAGUUCCGAGCCCCGCGCAGCCCGUAACUGCAUGUGGGCGCGAGCUCUUCAUUACAUGCCUCUACCCGCCGAAAAAUUGGCAGGACUAGCUUCGGGCGCUGCCAUCGAGAAGGGGAUCCUCCCGUCCGCCGACAAUGGCCGCAUCCCCUUACGAGCGAAAGUCGCCGUCUACCACCUCAUCUUCACUCCAGCAACGGCAGAAGAUAAAGCCUCGCAGAUAGCGUUUGUGCGCGAGAACUGCGGCCGACCAGGCUUACACGUUUACCUCAGCAUCUUCAUCGCCGAGCUCUCCGGCAUCAUUAUCUUUGUCGUGAUCUACGCCAUCGGACGAUCACUCUGGUGUCUCAUCUGGCUAGCCCCGCUGCUCCUCCGCCUCCUGGGCGCCUUCUUCGCCCUUGACCGCGAGCCCCUCGCCCCUAUCUCCUCUUCCAUCUCAUCGCCGUCAACCACGCCGACCACCAAAGCCGAAUCACCUCGUGAUUUUGUCCUGCACUUCCCCCAAUCUCAAGGCGGCAACCUCAUGCUGUUCACAGGUCCCUCAGCCCUCGUGCAGCAGUUCUUCCGACACUACGGCCACCCAGUCCGGAACCGAACCCGGGAGAUUCUCCAGCUGUGCAUUAUAGCGCUUUUCGCCGCUCUAUUUCCGCUAGGAUUGCUGGCCUCGACUCUCUGGAUGCCGCCUCUGGUUCAGUACGCGUGGACCUGUUACCAGCUAUACAUUGUCAUGACGAUGCAUAUCGUCCGCUACACGUCGUUUGGACGGGACACGAGCACGGAAUCUAGGAUCGCUAAUUAUCUGGUGGAUCGGCCGGCGAUUCUUUUUGGGGAGAAGAGGAAUGGGGCUGAGACGGUGAAAGUUAGUCUUAUUGCGACGUAUCAUGCGCGGCAUCAGGAGGGGAUGGAUUGUUUGGAGCGGUUGAAAAGUCAGCAUAACAGCAUGAGCCCUGAUGACUGGGUGCCCGUACGCAGCCCCAAGAGGGACAAGGGAUACCCCCUCGCCACGUUGAUGCAGGUGGUCUACGGCGAGGACAUGGGCAUGGGAGACGGGUACAGCAGGUGUUUCUCGAUUAUGUAUCGACUGGCUCUGGAGCAGGGCGCGGUCGACAGUGUAAAAAGCCCUGACGGGACGGUCAUCACGGCGUUUAAUGAUGAUCGUGCUGAAAGACUGCGACAACAUCUUACCCCGGGGCAGGAACGAUCAUUUUGCAUUCUCUGGAAAUGGUGGGCGGCGUGUUCCCGAGUAUGUAUUGUGGACGAAGCAGAAGAAGAGUACGAUGAUAAUUACGACGACCUCUUUGGCGACGACGAGUCUCACUUCUACCCACAAACCCACGGAGAGCGCGAGACGAUCCACCAGGCCGGUGGGAUCCUGUACAAACUCCGCUUCAACUGCGUCUACAACAAGUCCGUGGCAACGCUGUUCAACGCUGAAUUCGAGAACUUCGUAAUACACCGAAGCGGCGACGAGCUGGUGAACCUCCGACGGGUCUUGGCGCGGGGAGAUGCUUGUCUAACCAUUGCGAUUGAAGCUUGCUCCCCGCGAAGCCACACCCAACAGCCAGCUCAAGUACCAUACUCCCCAGAUGGCGAGAGUUAUCUCGCUCACCGGUCAGAGAGUUCCCCGGUCUGGCGCGCAGGGAGACGGGUCCUGGGGAGCAGCGACCUACCCGGGCUGGAUCCUCGCUGCAGUGUCGGCUCCAGUAUCGACUCCUGCCCCUGGCUGGGAGAGAUCCGCGGGUUCCCGCUUUACUUGUGGGAUGUGAAAGAGCGGAGAACCGUGGAAUUCUUCUCGCUGUGCGACGAAUACGAGUUCGACGUCCCGUAUACAGCCAUCAGUCACACCUGGGGCAGGUGGCGGCAACGCGAUCAGCCUGGGGUUGAUAUGAAAUCGCGCGUGCCGUGGCUGAUCCCGCGGAACUCACUGUUCGAUGUCGAGCGACUACCAGAUAUCCUGGCGCAGAUUCCCACGGAUACACCCUAUAUCUGGUUUGAUCUGGUUUGCAUUCCGCAGGAGGGCUGCGGGGAGGAGCUUGACGAGCAGCUGCGGCAGGCCAUGCGGACGGAGGUUGCGAGCCAGGCAUCCAUCUUCAAGGGCGCUAAACACGCCAUUGCUUGGUGGAAUACCGACUCCGCCCCGGAGUCCUGGGACGGCAUGCGCAGCGCCAUCCAGUGGAUGUCCUCCAUAUAUCUGGAUCUCCAGUUCUCGGAUGGGGACGAGUCUUCCAUACGUAUCCCGCCGUGUGAAGUGCACGACCAGCUCCAGGCCACGGGGCUGUUCUCGCCGGACAUGGCCACCCUGCCCUGGUUCAGCUCCCUGUGGACGCUGCAGGAAGUGUGCCUGCGCCCUGACAUCUGGAUCUGCAACAAGAACCUCGAUCUCCUCACGGUAGGCGACAACGGGGCCCUCGUCGCCUUCAACACGCUCGUCUCCCUCGCUGAACGAGUAAAAGACACACUCAGAUGGGAACUUGACGAUCUAACUACCCCGCCAGACCAGCUUCUCGAGUGCUGGAAGCCCCUCGUCCACCCAGGCUUUCACGAAGUACUCGACCUCCUCCAUCGCACAGGAAUGGACAACCUCCACGAGCUCAAGCGAGAGCAGAUCCUCUUCCUAGCGACCAGCCGAUACUGCAGCCACAGCCGUGCGCAGGCGAUCAUGUCCGUCCUCGGCAUGACAGAAUGGUACAACUCCGCCACUGCCAUGCCGGAGCAGCGCCAGCCCAACAAACCGGGCUUCGUCUUCGACCAGUACCCUCUUGCCUUCGUACAGGAGGUCGCGCGCAAUAUGGGCUCUAGCUUCUUCAUCAGCUCCGUUCUGUCGGAUUACCCGCCCGUCAACGAUAUGAAUGCUGAGGACGUAGUCCGGGGCACUAUGCUCCCCUUCCGGGCCCGGAUAUCCGAGCCGCGACGCCUGUGUGUGCCGCGCUUAGAGACAGCGGACCAUCCGUCCGUAUCGACGUGGGAGGUCCACGGCGACGGGGCAGUGUUCCUACCGGAGGUGGAGAUCCUCUUCUCAUCCAAUAGCGACUAUGGCGAUAUCAAGUAUAUGAAAUGCUCUGUCGAUUUGAGUAUGCCGGUGCCUGAACAUAUUGUUGAACGGGAGCACUUCCAACCCCAAGGGAGCAUGUACCAUGGGGAUCUCCGGUACUGGAUUAAACAGCUCAUCCCGGAGAUCUACGGAGUGCGUGGGACAUACUAUGCUAUUCAUCUCCGGUACCGACCCGGACAAUGGGAUGGUUUGUUAUUGAAGGCCGCCGGUAGUGGGGACUCUUCAAAGCCGGAGAAGAUGAUCAAAAUCGGGAAUCUCCAUGUGCUGACCUCGGUGGGGGAUGGGGAAUAUCUGCCCAGGUGUAAAUCUGUGGACGUUAACUGGAUUGUUUUGUAG